CUGCAUGGCAAUUAAUGAGUCUCUCUGUGAGCCCCUCGUCUUUAAUCUUCAUAUAUUAGAGUGUGUGUGUGUAUAUAUAGGUACUUCUCUCUUAGCUCCAUCUUGUGUUGUAAACUGUGAUAGACCCACUUUUCUGCUGAGUCUUCGUCUCCCUCUUUUGUCACCUCACUGCACCUUCCCCUUCCUUCUCUUUCCUUCCAUCACUUUCUUGAUCGCUUCCUCAACCAUCUCUCUCAUGGCAGCUUUUUCCCAUUGCCCCGACCACUUUCCUUUUCUCCUUGACACUAGCUCCUCCCUCUCUUCAGCCUUCGGAGACCAAGAACCUGCUAUAAAUUCCACUCCCCACCGCCACCUACCUCCCACUCACCAGACUAUCUCUACUGAUACUACUCAAAGCUCCGGGAUGACUGUUAACGAUUGUAACGAGUCUUCCGUCACCAGAACUCAUGAUCACUCUCCUGAUACCUCCAUGGCUCGAGUUAAGCUUGAAAAUCCUGGCGGCGACGUGGUUCAGAAGAAGAAGAAGAAGAAGAGGCCAAACUACAGUAAUGGUUCCUCCAAGGAGGGAGCAGAAGCAAGAAACAAGAGACAGAAGAAGAGCAGCAGUAAUGGUGUGGUGAAAGAAGAGGAAAAGCCAAAAUCAGAAGAGAAGAAGGAACAGAAGAAGAAAAUUCCACCACAGCCCCCAACAGGCUAUAUACAUGUCAGAGCUAGGAGGGGCGAAGCAACGGAUAGCCACAGCCUCGCCGAAAGGGUGAGAAGAGAGAAAAUAAGUGAGAGGAUGAGGAUGUUGCAGCGACUCGUGCCAGGUUGUGAUAAGAUAACGGGAAAAGCGCUCAUGUUAGACGAAAUCAUCAAUUAUGUUCAGUCCCUUCAGAAUCAAGUGGAGUUUCUGUCGAUGAAGCUUGCUUCUGUGAAUCCCAUGUUCGGAGAUUUCACAAUGGGCCAAGAUACCCUCAUGGGCACACCAGAUAGGUUGAACAGUGUAGCUUCGCCUCUACCAUUAUCUGUUCCGCAAUGCAGUACCAAUCAGGCCACAAAUUUUGCUGAUGACUACCUUUUGAAUGAUUCAGCCACGGUUCUUCUUCAGGGAGAAAGACCAAAUGCCUUCUCUUCCAUGGAUGUUCUUGGUGAGUUGUGGGAUGAAGAAGACCAACGACAAAACUUUCCUAAUCCCUGUGGCUUCUUCAGCACCAACUUAUGGUCCUUUCAGUGUUAGAAUUCAGAUAACACUGUCCUACGACGCUACAAACAUGUUGUGGUUUUUGUCUUUCCAAAAGAGAGACUCUGAUGAAGGAAAAACCAAAGCCACGCAUGGCAUGAGUUUAUUGAAAAGGAAAUAGGGGGAUUGUUCGGUUACAGUAUAACAAUCUGGUUUGGUAGCUGGUCCAUCAGAUGUGAAAAGUUAGAUUUUUGGAACAUGAAUAAAGGAGGGGCAGAGAAAUUAAUGGAAGCAGAACCCGAAAGGACAGAGAUAUUUCGGACCAAAUUUUAAAAAAAAAAAACACAUCUUUUGUUAGAUUCCUUGUUCUGUUCUGGUUCCUGCAAUUUCUUGUUAUGACUCUCCCGAGUCUUCCGAUGCACAGAUUCCUAGAGAGGCUUUGUAUCAAUCCUAGAGAGAUGGACAUUAUUGAUCAGAGACAUUGGAUAUAGAUUUAUUAUUAUGAUAAAAGGUUGAUUGAUUGAUUGUUUAGGUGGGUCGUUUACUGUUGGUACGGUUAAUGUAGCCGUUAUUUCAGAAAUGAGAGGUUCAUGUUUUCAUGACCAGUCACUCUUGCAUUUGUUGUUGGUUCAGUUAUGUUUAUGAAUGAUGUAUCUGCAGAAUCUUCAGAACUUUGGCGUUAUUUAUGAUUCUCUUUUUCAUUAUGA